CCACUCACAGUCACACGAAUACUCUACUGUAACUGCAAAAUCUUUUGUUGUUUUCUUUAAACGAAGAGAGAAGAAGAAAAAAAAGCGUUACGGAUUCUCUUCUUCGGUUUCGCCAUUGAAGCUUGAAAUUUCAUCUUGGACAUUCGAUAUGGCUGAGAAAAACGAUGAAGGAAGCGCCAAGGGCUAUGCUUUCCCUCUCAGGAACCCUAAUGUUACUCUGAAUGAGAGAAACUUUGCAGCCUUCACUAACAGAUCAGCUGCUGCUCAUCCUUGGCAUGACUUGGAGAUUGGUCCGGAAGCUCCUGCUGUUUUCAACUGUGUUGUUGAAAUUAGCAAAGGUGGAAAGGUUAAGUACGAGCUAGACAAGAACAGUGGCCUUAUUAAGGUUGAUCGCGUUCUCUACUCAUCCAUUGUGUACCCACACAACUACGGUUUCAUUCCUCGAACUAUCUGUGAAGACAGUGAUCCAAUCGAUGUCCUGGUACUAAUGCAGGAGCCUGUGCUAACCGGAUCAUUCCUCCGUGCCCGUGCUAUUGGUCUGAUGCCCAUGAUUGAUCAGGGUGAAAAAGACGACAAGAUCAUUGCAGUAUGUGCUGAUGAUCCCGAGUUCCGUCACUACAGAGACAUCAAAGAGCUUCCCCCUCACCGUCUAGCUGAAAUCCGUCGCUUCUUUGAGGACUACAAGAAGAAUGAGAACAAGAAAGUCGACGUUGAAGGUUUCCUUCCCGCUCAAGCUGCCAUAGACGCAAUUAAGGACUCCAUGGAUCUUUACGCAGCUUACAUCAAAGCUGGCCUGCAACGCUAAUGAAGAACCAGUCCCGUCUGUUCACUAUCACUGAAGCCGCCUUCUAUACUACAUUCAUGUUAGAAAAAGUUUCACUUGGUGCAUUUUCAUAAUGCCCAUCAGAAAACAUUGUUGAACUCGAACCUUUCUGAUGAUGAUGACAAAUUCCAGUACAAUCAUAAAAUUUGGAAUAUUAGCUU